GGUAUUCACUCGGAAGGACGUGUAUUCAAUACCGUAGACGUCCUCAAACCCUAAUUCACUCUCUGUAAAAGGUAAAUGAUUAAAUCAUGAACGGAAUUAGCUUGGUGAUAUCAAAACCUUGCUGUCCGAUGUAUAAUUUUGGUACAAGCAAGAAGAUCGACUUAAACCAACAUCGAUUAUCAAAGUUGAACCUUCAAAGAAUUUCUCUUCCUAUAUCAACUACACGUAUGUUGAAACAUCGUGUAUAUUCACUAUCUGCCCUUCAAGAUAAAAAAGGUGAUUCAAGAUCAGAAGUACCUAAAGUUGUAGGUGUUGUGGUACGUGGUAUCAUUGGUAUAGCUUUAGUUAAACGCUGGGUGUUUAUUGCACAAUCUAUUUCAACUGUGGGAGCAAUUGGAGGUUUAGCUAAACACGUGGAGGUUGUUGUGCUAUCUUCUUUGACUUUGGGAGGGAUAUUAGAUAAUUUUGGCUGUUUCUUUACCUCUGUACUCAUGCUAAGCAAUAUCUUGGAGGGGUUUGCAGCAGUACGACUUGGCAAACACUUUUCGAUAGGAGAUAUAAUAGAAGUUGGUUGGCUGCAGGCUGGAUCUGUAAAAGGUCAAGUUAUUAAAUCAGGACUCAUAACCACCACAUUGCUUAGUGAGGAAAGUUCUCCUAUACUAGUUGCAAAUUACGCGUUUUGUAGUCAGAUUUUUGUGCAAGUUGAUGAGAUAGAGAAGAUCCACGAGAUAUCAGAGGAAAUAAUAAACAUGAUGAAGUCUAACUCAAACGUUUACUUGAAGGGAAAGCAGCCAUAUUGUCAACAUUCUAAGUUGGAAGGAUAUUGUAUAGAGCUUACUCUUGGAUGCUAUCUAAAAAAGAUGUGUGAAGCCGAGUUACGUUUAGUGAAGCAGGAUAUUCUUCUGCAGUCAGCUCAGAUAAUCAAGAAGCAUGGGGCCACACUCUGGUGAGCACAUGGUGGAGGGUUUGUAACUCUUUGGAUCUGCAAAAGGAAUACUUCUAACUAGUUUUUUAUUUCUUAAGAGUAAUCACAC